AUGAGCUUUGCAGGUAUAUCGAUGAUUUUGGUUGGAGAUUUGGGCCAGUUACCUCCUGUGAAUGAUAGACCAGCAUAUGGUAGCAAUAGAAGGGCAAAGUUAUUAUGGGAAGAAUUCAAAACUGUGAUUACUUUAGAUAAAGUAUUCAGACAAGAUGGAGAAAACAUUCAACAACAAAGGUUUCAUCAACUUUUGACAAAUCUAAGAGAUGCAAACCCAAAAAUUGAUGACUGGAAGUUGCUGAUGAUGAGAACCCCUAUUAGCUUAAAUGUUGUGAGCAACAAUAAUUUUGACAAUGCUAUCUACUUGUUCUCUACAAAUGAAAAUGUUCAUAAUCACAAUAAGAGAAUGCUAUAUUCAUUGAACCAUCCCGUUGCACCUAGUCUUGCAACAAGAGCAAGAAGUGUUAAUACGAUAGAGGAUUGUUCAAAUGAUGAACUUGAUCUAGAGUUGUUGAUCAGUAAGAAUUCAAGGGUGAUGCUGAAUUCAAAUCUUUGGAUACAAGCAGGUCUUGUAAAUGGAGCUCUAGGGUAUAUUCGAAAGAUAGUUUACAAAACAGGAAGUGCUCCUCCUGAACCACCUACAUAUGUGAUGGUUGAAUUUGAUAGUUAUUAUAGAAUGCCAUUUGAGGAUCAUCAUCCAAAUAUAAUUCCAAUAUCACCAAUACAGAGGGGUGGAACACUUCAAUUGCCAUGA